AUGUCCACCAUGCAGGCUGUAGUCUUCCAAGGUCCUCUCAAGGUCACUCUAGAGCAGCGACCCGUCCCGCAAAUUGAAGAACCCACCGAUGUCAUCGUCAAAGUACGCUAUACGGCGCUAUGCGGCAGUGAACUCCAUGUCUUCCGCGGACACCAGCCAUCCGGCACGGGAUUCAUCAUGGGCCAUGAAUUCACCGGUGAAAUUGUCGAAGUCGGCUCCGCGGUCCGCGGCUUCAAAGUCGGCGACCUUGUCGUCUCCCCGUUCACCGUCAACUGCGGUGAAUGUUUCUACUGUGCCCGGAAAUGCUCUUCACGCUGUGCAAAAGGCAAGCUGUACGGCUCUGUGAUGCUGGAUGGCGGACAGGCUGAUUACGCGCGCGUGCCGUCCGCGGAUGCAACCCUCGUUGCGGCUCCCGCGGCCGUGGAUGAGAAGAAACUCGUCCUGAUGGCGGAUAUCCUGCCGACGGGUUUCUUCGCGGCCAGGAAUGCUUUCAAGGGUAUGGAUCGGGCGACGAUUGAAGAAAGCACGGUCUUGUUAUUUGGUUGUGGGCCUGUCGGGCUUUGUGCGUUGAUCAGUGCGCUAGAUUAUCGGCCAAAGCAUUUGAUUGCUGUUGAUAGUGUUCCGUCACGGUUGGAGUUGGCGAAGAGCUUAGGGGCUGAGCCGUGGAAUUUUCAGACUGACGCUGAGGGUCUGAAGCAGCGCGUCAAGGAUCUUACUGAGGGUCGUGGAGCGGAUGUGGCGAUUGAAGUCGUUGGGCAUAGUGAUGCUUUGCGUAUGGCGUUUGACAACUUGAGGCCCUGGGGCCGCAUCUCGAGCAUUGGUGUGCAUAAUGGGGAGAUUCCUUGGACUGGUAAUGAGGCGUACGGAAAGAAUUUGCAGAUUCAAAUGGGACGGUGUCCUGUUCGCAGUAUCUUUGAGGAUGCUUUGGAGUUUCUGAUUCGGAAACAAGACUCUUUGGGCUUUAUGGUUGGCGAUAUUCGGCCUCUGUCGCAGGCGAUUCAGGCGUAUGACGAUUUCAACCAGAUGAAAUCGCAGAAGAUCAUAUUUGAAGCGGGCAAGUAG